UCGAGGCCCAUGAUUCUUAUAAAAAUGGUGGGUUGUGUGUGGGUGAGCACCUUGAGAGCAUGAGCACCUUGGUGGCUCUCCGGCCUCAAGGUCCUCGAGGUCCUCACCAAACCCUCCAAAUUUUCACCCUCACAUUUCCCUGCUCUCCAACCACCUGCAGUGGCUUAGCUUACGCGCCAGGAAUCAGAGUUUUCACGUCCCAAAGUGAUAGACACAAAAACUCACUAUUUGGGUCUAGUUGCAGAGGUUCCAUAUCCCAGAUCAUGUGUCUCGUGAGGACUACCAGCAGGUAUGUCUCCGAUGCUAGACCUCAUGAUAUACCCAGUCGCUUGCAGGAAGCACCAGAACCAAACCUAAACUGACUCAUUCAAGUGAGCCGACUGGAGGUAUCUGGUCCAUAGGCUGUCGUCACAAGUUGAGUAUAGCACACUCCAAAUUCCUUUCUCCCUCCCUCUGCC